CGCGAAGAAGAAAGUCGCUGGUUGAUUUGUUUCCCGCCAGCCCUCAGUCUUCUGCCCAGGGAACAUGGCGUCCGAUCGUACGCAGGUGGAGAAAGUUGUGACUCGUUGGAUCGUCGACUAUUAUUGUUUUCUGGCCUUUGACUCAUUUAAAAGGGGGCGGUUUUCGGAGUUCAGCACGGUGAAGGACUUCCUGACGAAUUUCUUGGCACGUGCUGGCCUGUCGACAGAUGCUCCGCCCCAGAAGGUUUUAGUUUUGCAGUUUCUGUCCUCAAUAAACGAUGGAGGGAAGCUUGGCUCCGUUACCCCCCUGGAAACUGCGUUAAUGUUGCUGGACAACAUUUGCCAGACGAGCGAGCUUUCACCACAGGACUUGCAGGACGUCCGCACCUCGAUCCAGAAGACAAUCGUCAGGCUUUACAUGAAGAACAUGGAACUGGACCGAGCUCAGGAGAUGGUUCACACAUACUUCUCAAAUGGUUCAGACAAGUCCCAUUUCUUGAGUCUGAUCAGUUCACGGACCGAGGGGCAGCAUGUGGAUGAAAACAUUGACUUUGAGGACUUCCAUUGUCAAAUGUUGGCCUUCUGUGAGAAGGUGUGGACAUUUUCUCCUCCUUUUUUAUACAAGGCAGCUACAGAACUGAACCGGAGGCUCGGAGAGGUCCGCUUGUCUGCGCCGUCCGUUGCCAACUAUAAACAUGGAAUAAUCCAGAGGUCACGGCUGGAAAAGGCCUACAGUUCUCUGGCUGCAGGAACAAACCAUAUCACCUUUGCCCAGCUGGAGGAGGAGGUGGAAAGCGAGCAGUCUUUGUCUUUACGACUGUCGCCCUCUGAAGAGCUGGCGGCUGAAGAGGAGCAGGUCCACCAGUGUUCACAACCUCCGUCCCUGCCAGAGAACCCUCAGACACCGUCCCACGUGUUGCCCAAGACAGAGACACGUACCCCCCCUCCAUUCGACUCGCCUCUGAGGAGACCUGGAACAUCAGUGUGUCAGACGACCGAGUCUGAGCAUGAGAGCAGCGCUGUGGUCUCACCGCUCCUAGACAAACGCAAAAGUGCCACCUCAGCCGAGGACGAUGUUGCUGCGUCCAGGAAGCGUCCCAGAAAAACCAAUGGGCGUUCUCGAAGCCCGCCAGAACGUGAAGAGGCCGCGUGCUGCACCUCUUCAGACAGUCCAGUGCAACAUACUGAGAAGGAGACCGAUGGAGUGUCCCAACACUCGGAUUCUGCUGAGGACAGUUUCACCGACUCGUUUCCUGUGAGCCGUCAGCAUUCCACACCUCUGAAGGACCCCGAAAGCCAGAGCAGCCCUUCAACCUCCAAAUGGCAGCAGCUGAUGAAGAAUGCCAAAGAAAGCAAAGAAACGUGGCCUGAGGAGGAGUCCGUCUUCAGGCAAGACUCUCGCUCGGACAACAGCUUCACAGCAGGAUUCAAGAAGAGGUGGACAGCAGAAGAGACGGCCUGGUUACGAGAGGGCGUGAAGAAGUUUGGGGAGGGCAAGUGGAGCAAGAUUCUGUCGUACUAUGGUUUCAAAAACCGCACCAACGUCAACCUGAAAGACCGAUGGCGGACCAUGAAGAAACUCAACAUGGUCUGAUCGAGAUGUCACUCACUUUACAAAUGCAGAAGAUCAGUGAAGCCUUUUAUUUUUUCAAAAACAGAAUCAUGAAUUCAUUCCGGAACUUGUGUUGCUGUACACACAUUCCAAGCGUCUAAAGCAAUAUGGCACAGAUUUGCAUUGCUCACUGAAAAUAAAAUGCAAAGAAACCAGAGGCGCCUCGAACCCUGACCAACAUCACAGAGCUCAUGUGUUCACGGUGAAUUCAUUGACCUUCCAUCAGCUUUGCCAUCAUCACAAUGCAGUCCCGAGCCAGAGUCCUUCAUGGCGCUGUCCGGUGAGGAUCCAGGGUUCUGCUACACACCCAUCCGCUCACACCAUCCGAAACAAGCUCAACAGGGUUACGUCAGCGUGUCCUCGCAUCUGAUGAACUCGCCCACAUCAGCCUGGUGGAAUACAACGAUGGCCAUGGGAUCCACACGCCGGCACUCCUGGGUCGACUUGGCUGCAACCCCAAAGCCCUGGAGACAAGAAUCCUCAGCUGUCAUGUGUUGAGCAGUACUUUUGCAUGUUCCUAUCCGACUUGGGAGGGAAAUGAACACCCCUGGAAUUAGGUAGGUGCGAGGCUGUCCACGCACUAGAAAUAGUUGGGAUCAGUCAGACAGUGAUGGACAGAUAAAAAGAGGUGGAGAGUGUAGGCAGAGUGGGGUGAGCUGUGAAAGAAGAGUGGCAGUUACGGUGAGGUGAGAAGCUCUACAGGCCAGUGCUGAGAUGUGCCAUGAUGUUUGGGUUCAAGUGAAGUUCUCACUGGGAGCGAUGAGGAGGAACAGGACUAGAAAUGAGUCCACCGGGGAGGACCGACUCAAUUUUAGGGAUGGAAAGAAAGGGAGAGGGCUCAUGCACGACAUGAGGAUGAAAGGAAGGGGGAGAGGUUGACAAGAUGAAGACGGCACUGGAACACCAAGAGGACACGGAUCCUGAAAAUACCCACCAGAGGAACGUCAGCCAUGGAGUAGACCACUACUCCCUGAUACUGCAUGGUGUUCUCCGUGAUCCGGCCCAGUCCAGAUUUCAGCACGUGGUUCCCAUAGAGGAAGGACUGCUCGGCUCCAGGUUUGACCCAAACCUUGAACUGAAUGAAAUUCUGAUGAUUUACUUUGGCUCCGGGGCUUUAGCUUUAGUUUGCACCAACAGAGUCAAACUGUUAGGUGCAAACGGACCAGACACCACACAUCAGUGGCACUCACCUUAGCGUAAGGAGCCAGGAAAUCCAGAGACGUCACAUGCAGCCGGAACUUGUUGGUUUUGGUAAACUUCCCAAAACAUGUACCCACUGACACCAGUUUGUCCCGUGAAAUGUUGGUGGCCAAUUUCAGAAUCUUCUCACUGCAGAAACAGCAGGAUUAUUUCCUGUUCAGGGUGAAAAGCAGACGCUUCCCCUCGUGCCCACGUCUCUGCGGAGACGCGACACGAGACAGCAGACAGGAGCUCAGCCGUGGAGGCGGCCUCUCUCAAUCUCACCUCAUGUAGUAAACACGGUUGUUGUGAAGUCGGAAGCAAAACGUUCCAUCGGGUCGGUCCACGAGAAGCUUGAUAUUUUCCCCGAUACUGUAACGACCAAAAGACAAAGCAUUCAAAUGGCGUGUGUUUGUGUGCUGAGAGAACGUUUCAACACCUGCCACUUCUCCUCACUGCUUGUUUUGGCUUCGAUGUUAACCUACCUGGAAAACCAUUUACUUCACCGUCGCUUUGUUCAUGAGCUACAACAGAACUUUCAGUAGUACGAAUCUCUGUGUGUGUGUAUGUCUGGCCUUGUGAGGACCUGGGUGAGUUUGUCUUGGCCGGUCCUCACUGUGUCAGGCCUCAGUUUGACAGCUGGGUCAGUAUCAGUGGCUGUUAGUUUGGCUCAGAGUCCAGGUUCAGUCCAGCCUGGUGUUUUGGAUGGUUAAGUGUGGGAGGCUGGGGAAAGGGUGAUGUCAAUGAGAAACCUCACAAUGUCCCCACAGGGACAGCGAGCCGCGCGCGCGUGUGUGUACAAAGUGGAGGAGCAACGGCACCACCGGAAACGAGUGAAACAGGCGAGUGAUGCGGUGUAAACGCGGACAACGGUACUGCAGGCACACGGUCUCCUGACCCCUGGUGAAGCUGGUGAAGCGCUCACCCAGGUGCAGCCCCGGUGGCACCGCGACACGCACGCUCGCCAUCUUCUAGCCAUCCCGCUCAUCGGCUUCAUUCGCAGCGGCGCGAGGACGGAACUUACUAUUUGGACAGCUUCUCAAACAGCGUCUUGGUCUCCUCUUCUGUGAGGGGCCUCAUCCUCGAUGGAGACGUGGAGCGAGCGAAACAACGUGUCUCCAGCCGGAAGCGCAGAGAGCGGAAGCGGCGUGACGUCAGCGGAAGGCGUGGCUCUUCCUGAUUGUGCUGCAGGAGCUGUCGAGCUUCGGACUCAGCGAGCGACGGAACACGAAAGAAAACUCUCGCCUGGCGCGAUCUUGGGGGAACUGUGUCUGCAGCAUCCUGCACCAGGAGACCGGCGGUGUGUGUGUGUGCGCGCGCUCACGUGGGCUUUUGCACAUGCAUGUUGUCUGCGUUGAUGGUUUUGAGGAAGCGCUCACCCUGAACUAGAAGAGGGAGGAUACAAGUCAUCUGAGCUGUGGGAGGAAACUGCUGCUGUGGCCUCGUGGCGGUCCUCAGAAU